AAGAACAAGCAUCAUAACAACUUUUCUGCGCAUUUUGCGCACGUGUUGAAUUUUUAUAAAUUUUCUUAUUAAACGUCGUUAUAACAACUUAAAACUAAUAAAUAUAGAAUAAUGAGUAAGAAAAGCAAAACAAAGUCCGGUGAUCUCGGACGCGCGUUGAUCAAAAACCGCUUUGGCCACCAAUUUCGACGUAAAGUGGACAAUGACACCAUGCUGCACACCACCGAAAUUCAGGACGGCUACGACUGGGGUCGUCUGAAUUUGGCAUCGGUCACUGAGGAGUCGUCCUUUCAUGAUUUCCUGCGCACCGCUGAGCUGGCGGGCACGGAAUUUCAAGCUGAGAAACUCAAUAUUACAUUCAUCAAUCCCAAAUCCGGCGUUGGCUUACUCUCAAAAUCACAACAACAGCAAAUGCAGCAGAAACACGAUGAACACAAGAAUAUGUUGACAGUACCGCGUCGUCCGAAAUGGACGACCGACACAACAGCGGAAGAAUUGCAACUUGCUGAAAAUCAAAGCUUUUUAGAGUGGCGUCGCUCGUUGGCGUUGCUACAAGAAGAUCAGGAAAUACUGCUAACACCAUACGAGAAGAAUUUGGAAUUCUGGCGUCAAUUGUGGCGUGUUGUUGAACGAUCCGAUGUUAUUGUACAAAUUGUGGAUGCACGUAAUCCGCUACUCUUUCGUAACGUCGAUUUAGAGCGUUAUGUGAAGGAAGUCAAUCCGGCUAAGAUGAAUAUGAUAUUGGUAAAUAAAUCAGAUAUGUUGACACAACAACAACGCCAGCACUGGGCGAGUUACUUUGAUGCUGAAGGCAUACGCACAGCAUUCUUCUCGGCCACACUUGCCGCCGAGGAUUUAAAGAAAAUCGUUGAGGAAACAAGUGAUGCUGAAGACGAUAGUGAAAAUGCAGGUAAAGAUAGCGACAAUAGUGAGACAGCAAGCGAUGCAGAUGGCGAAAACGACAGCGAAACGCCGGCUGACAAACCACGCACAGAAUCUACACAAUCGGAAAUAUCGCUGGAAGAAAUUAAAAUGGCCGCCAGUGAAAUCAACAAAUCAUUAGACAAUGUGGAGAAUUUGCUAAGUAGAAUAGAGCAAAAAAUCGAUCCAAAACCUGCAACAGCUAAGGAAGUGAUCAAAAAUAACCCAAAAGUGUUAACGCGUGAAGAACUCAUUACUUUGUUUAAGACAAUCUACACCGGCAAAGCCUUCACAGAGGGCGUUACGACCAUUGGUUUGGUGGGCUAUCCGAAUGUGGGCAAGAGUAGCACCAUAAAUGCAUUGAUGAUUGAGAAGAAGGUGUCGGUUUCAGCCACGCCGGGUAAAACAAAGCAUUUUCAAACGCUUUACCUGGAUAGCGAUUUGUUGCUAUGUGAUUGUCCCGGUUUGGUAAUGCCAAGCUUCGUUUUGACCAAGGCUGAUAUGAUAUUGAACGGCAUACUGCCAAUAGAUCAGAUGCGCGAUCAUGUGCCGCCUGUGAAUUUACUUUGCGAGCGUAUCCCACGACACGUGCUCGAGGAAAAAUACGGUAUACUCAUAGCUAAGCCGAUCGAGGGCGAAGAUCAGGAACGACCGCCACACUCAGAGGAGCUGCUGCUCGCUUAUGGCUACAAUCGCGGCUUUAUGACCUCCAACGGCCAACCAGAUCAAUCGCGUUCUGCGCGUUACAUCUGCAAAGACUAUGUUAACGGUAAACUGCUUUACUGCGUGGCGCCACCCAAUGUGCCGCAAGAGGUAUAUCAUGUCUUCCCACCGCGUACACGCAAAGAAAUCGAAGAAGAGAAACUGCCAAGUCAACAACAACGCGCCAUGCGUAUCAACAACAAGUCUGCUUCGACGGAAAUUGACGAUCAAUUCUUCGCCGCCAAUAACAGCAAAGCUUAUGUAAAGGGACGCAGCAAUUUUCCGCACGUGCGCGUGGCCAACGACGGCAGCUUAGUGAGUGCGCCGGCCACAGAGAAACCGUGGCGCAACGUCAAGAAGGAGCGGCGUGAGAAGUUACGCAAAAAGUUUUCGCAUUUAGAUCAGCAUUGAUUACCGGUUCAGUGCAUAUACUAUAUGCAAAUAUAUUUAAAUAUCUAGUAGCACUAGUAGUGCUGACGUUUCUUCAAAUGCAUUGCUUCUAGCUGUCGUGUGGCUUUCAACCGCCUGCCAUGUAUAUAUAUGCAAUUUAAUUAACAUAAAACUGAAAUUGAAUAUUUUUUAUACAUAUGUGUGCAUUGUAUUUGCAUUUGUAUACGCAGGCAAAUUAGCCACAAUAAUCAUGCAUAUAGUUAGAACUAAAAGUCAGCACCAUUACUAGACUUAAUUAGUAUGUUGAAUAUGAAUUAUUGCAAGUUCAUUGGCGCUAGAUGACCUUGUUUGUAAUAUAUUGGAAAAACUAUGAAUAAAGUAACUAAUUAACUAUAAGAAA